CUGUCAAUUUCGUUGGCAACGCAAUUGGUUGUUUCGAUUAAAAGACUAACGAAUUUUCGUUAAUUUCUUUAUUUAUUUAAAGAAAUGUCAACUGUAGUUGAGAAAAAGGAGUAUCUGAUAUUGCACGAAUUAAUGAAACAUUUGAAAUCAGAAUCCAAAGAGGGAAUUUCAUCGUGUUUAGAACGGUUAAAAAAUGAACCAAAAUGCUGGAAGCAAUUCGCAAAAGAUGGAGGAAUGGGCAUCUUAGUAAAUUUACUUCGUUUUCAUAAUUUGAAAAUAUUAAACAUUACUCUGAGUAUUUUAGCAAAUGCAUGUAUGACUUCAGAUGCAAGGCAAAAGGUCAGAGGUUCUAAAAUAGCAAAUAAUGUAGUUUCUAUAAUAAAACAUAUUAAAUUAGAAAAUACUAUACACUGCCGUGCGUGUAGAUUAAUUGGAAAUUUAUCUGAAUGCGAUUGGCAUGCUAAAUCAUUAUGCCAAGCUGGUGCAAUCGAAGCUUUAGUUAAUCUUUUACAAUUAGAUUUAAAUAUGCAAACCUAUUUAAUGGGUGUUAGAGCCAUAAGAAAUAUUUGGAGUAUGCAUGAGAGUAGUAGAGAAAAAAUUAUAGAAUCGGAAGUUAUAUUUAGAAUUACGUGUUUGCUGGUAAGAGCAAAGGAAAAAUCAGAAACAGACUCAAAAUAUGUAGAAUUAGUAGAAACUUGUUUAAAAGCACUGUGUGCUUUUUUGGUCACGCUUGAUCUUCGAGUAGGGCAACAAAUACGAGGAGAAAAAGAUACACAAGGCUAUAAAUGCAUUAUACAAUGUUGUGAUAAAAAUAAUAAGAUGGCUGCUAAGUGUUUGUAUCUUCUUUGCCAUAUAGCAGUAUGUCGUCCUAUUUUGGGAAAUCUUGGUGCUGUUGAAACUUGUAUUACACUCAUUAACGAUCGCUCGAAACGGUGUACAGAAAUAUUAGUCAGUUUAUGUCUACUUUGUCGAGAAGCUAUUAAUCGUGCAAGAAUUAGGAUGGGAUCUGGUUUAGAAUUAAUGUUAUCUUUAUUACAAGAAAGUGAAAGAUUUCAUGACACGAUAUUACAUGCUCUUGCACAAUUUGUUUAUGAUGGUCCAAGCAUUGCAAUAUUGGUGAAACAUGGUUUACUCGAUGUUCUAGUAUUCAGGUUAAGAAGAAUGGUAACUCAAAUAAGGAAUGAAGAAAUUGUUGCCUCUAAAAAGAGGGGGAAUGAUUCACCUCCUAACAGACAAACGGAAUUUAAAUACAAUAAAAUUAAUUACGGACGAUUUAGUUCCGAUUACUAUCGCGAUGAUUGGAGUCCGGGUAGUGCUACCAGCGUUUCCAGUUCACCUCCUAGUACACCACCUUUACCUUUUUAUGAUUCUACAGAAAAUGAUGAGAAUGCGGAAGGCAAUUACAGUCCAAUUUGUAGCGAUACAGAAUUUAUGGAAAACGAAGACGAACCUCAAGAAGAGGUAGAAUCGCUAAAAAGUUAUAAAUCAGUAACUGUAGAUGUAAAAGAAGUCCAAAACUGGGAGCAUGGUUGUAAAUCGUACACUUGCGUGUGGACACUAGUAUUGUUAAGUCGAUUAAGUCAGUCGAAUCGGCCGAUCGAUAGACUGGCCGAUCGUACAACUAUCGAAGCUCUAUCAAAUUACAUUAAAUACGUCAAAGAUCCAGAGGCGCCUAAAAUUCUAGUUAAAAUUACAAGGAAUAGAGCAUAUUUAAUGCCGUUGUUAAAGCAGGGCUUCAUUUUCGUAGCGCAAACGUUAUAUGAUUCGGAACAGUACACAAGGCAUUUAUGCACGCUAGCACAAGGAGCAAUAAGGGAACUUAAAUCUAUACUACUUUAUGGAGAAGAAACUCAUAAAUUAGUAAUUGCAAUUUCGAUACCAUUCUUGAUUAAAUCUCAGGACAAUCUGGUAUAUCUGUUGAACGAUUACGGUGGUAUACCGUUAAUAUUUCGCGUGCUUUCCGAUCGGCAACAUAACCUUCACGAGCAGGCUAUUUGGUCGAUCUGUCGACUGGCGGACACUUUGCAGGUGCAGUCGGGUUUUAUAGAUAAGCUUCAAAUUUCACACAUCACCUCGACUGAUUUUCCAAGAGUGUACGAUAGCCAUCCGAAACUUACGACGGUCACAUUCGAAUUGGACGAUGGCACAACCAUAGAUGCUUGUAGGCACACGUUGUGCCAAAAGUCUGAUGCAUUUUCCGCCAUGCUUGAAGGAAACUUUUCAGAAUCUGGCAAAAAACGUGUCAAACUACGAAACACGUCGAAGGAGAGCCUGAACACGUUACUGUUAGUUAUCAAUGGAGCGAGUUUAGAAAAUACGACCAUUGAAUUAUUAUUAGAUGCCGCGUUAUUAGCUGACAAGUUUCUUAUGGACGAUAUAUCGGACAUCCUAACGAAAACCUUGCUCUCGAAGCUGAACUAUACAAAUUACGUUAGAGCGUGGAACUGGGCGAGAAUAAACUCUUGCCACGAAUUUAAGUCUUGCUGCGUAGAGAGCUUUCUUAAAGCUCCAAUGACACAGUCUGAAAGAGUGCAAGCAUUUCAUAACUUUUCUACCAAUGAAAGUUUCCAUGAAUUUUUAAACGACAUAAGAGCAAUCAUUAACAACGUUUUGUUAACAAUAAAUUAAUCCGAUAUAGUUGUGAUAUUAAUAGUAGCGAUAUAGAUGAAUAUUUGAUCGUAUAACCCACAUUCUUACAUGGGAGACACUUAAUAAGACUCUUUUAUUAUAAAACCUUUUAUUCAUUAUGUAUUCCUAUUAUACUUAUUGUGAAUAUAUUUUAAAAUAUGGAAUUGAUGUAUAUUGAUAAUUAUACAUUUUAUAGGUGUAAUUUGAUUAAAAAAAUAUAUAUUAAAACACUAAUUAUUGCGUAUACCGUGGCGAAAGUAUUUGUAAUUAAUUUGUUCGUUUUAAAUGUAUACGAGUAAAAUAUAGUAACAAUCGAAGGAACAAUAGAAAUAAUACGAAUAAAAU